GCAAGUGCAAAACUUCUACAUACGUACAACAUUCCCAUUCCUCCAUGUAUCCAAUUCUAUAGCUAUCUCAAUUCGCUAUAAUUGGUGCAAAAUUUAACAACGCGCGACCAUGGACGAUACUGUCGCGCAUUCGGUGGAAGGGCUUCUACCCGACUCGCUCGAAGUGCCUAUUGAUGAACCCUUGUCAAUAUCUGAUCCCGCUGAAGUUUUCGGUGUACAAGUUCCAUCGCCGCAAAUUCCCACUGACCUCCCCGAGGUCACUUCGAUUGGUACUACCCAGAGCGAAUCUAGUAGCUUGAAGCGCUCUAGACCCCAUGACGAGGCGGAAGAAGGAUGGCAAACCGUAAGCAAGCGCUCUUCCAAGAAGUCGAAAAAGGACAACAAGGAAAAGAAGGUUCCGGCGCCUCAAUCGACCAAUUACCCUUCCAUCACGUUCAACCACAAUGCCAAGCUCCAGUCUAAGAUCGCACUCGAGUCGCUACGAAACCUCAUCCUUUACAUAUUCGCCGAAGGCGCAGCUCCUCAAUGGGUUGCAAUUUCCCAACGGCCACAAUUUCGAAAGAUCGUCGCGAUCAUGGUACCGGGACUAGAAGAGGCUAUGUUCAAGCAGGAUGUCAACUUUACGACGUAUAAUGACCAGCCCUUUAAUUCAGAUCAAAGGCCCCGAGUAUUGACAUCUCCGGAUGACUAUUAUCCGCGGCUUCUUAAGAAGGAUGAGCUUCCUGAUAUCUUGAAGGACUUCGCAGACAUGUUCAGUCACCUAUGGCCUGUCAGAACGCAGGGUAACGAGAAAUAUGGCACUAUCCGCUCGCCACUCGGCACCAUACUCACGGCGCCCACCGAAAAGACCAAAGAGGAGAAGAGUCAACGGGGCGUCCAACCUGCAAAGGAGCCAAAGGGUUGGAAGGACGAACGUACAAGAAUCACCGAGUUUCUAACGAUGCCAGAAGAGUUCCUAGCCAAUGGGUACAUAUUGCACCCUGCCUGUAUACCGGCAGAGCGGCGCAAAAACUUUCAGGAUCUAGAGGGAUGGGUUCAUACUAAUGUAGAGAAUUUUGAAGACGGCGAAGUUCCCGAAGAGGAAAUCCAACUAGGGAGCGUCACGGCGGGCCGAGAAAUUCUUGCUCUUGACUGUGAGAUGUGCGUAACGGGGCCCGAAGAGUACUCUCUUACGAGAAUCAGUCUUAUAAAUUGGGAUGGAACUGUUGUUCUCGACGAAUUGGUCAAACCUGACAAGCCAAUCCUCGACUAUGUCACUCGUUUCUCGGGCAUCACGGAACAAAUGUUGGCCCCUGUCACCACUACGCUUAGAGAUAUCCAGGCGAAGCUUCUGCAAAUCCUCCACCCUCGCACAAUUCUUGUAGGACAUUCCCUAGAAUCAGAUAUGAAAGCAUUGCAACUCACUCACCCGUUUGUUGUUGACACUGCUAUUCUAUUCCCACACGUCCGAGGACCCCCGUUAAAAAACAGUCUAAAGUUUUUAUCACAGCGGUUUCUCAAGCGUGAGAUUCAGAAGGGUAUAAUGGGCCACGACUCGAUAGAAGAUGCAAAGGCAUGUUUAGACCUUGUGAAGCAGAAGUGCGAAAAGGGAAAAUCCUGGGGCAACCAGGAGUCGGGUGAAAAUCUAUUCCGAAGGUUGACUAGAACUGGAAAAGCUUAUCGCGCGAACGGUGGAGUCGAGGCCAAAGGAGGCGUCCAAGUUGGAAAGACGAGCGCCAUGAUUGAUUGGGGUGACCCCAUGAAGGGUGCUGGAGCAGCUUCAACGUUUCCGAUCGGGUGCAAGUCGGACGAAGAGGUAACGGAGGCCAUCAUGCGCGCUGUAAGAGGCGAUCCUGUCGGAGAAGAGAUACCAUUUGGUGGCGUUGACUUUGUUUUCGCACGAUUUCGCGAGCUAGAGGCAUACCAGGGGUGGUGGAAUGGGAAGAGCGACUUUCCGCCUCCCGACCUAUCCAGCAUGUCCCUCGAAACAUGUGUACAGAACCUCACUCAGCGAAUUAAGCGCAUCUACGACUCAUUACCACCAUGCACCGGUUUCAUCGUGUUCAGCGGUUCUGGCGACCCGCGCGAGAUGGCACGCCUGCAGGCCAUGCAAGCUCAAUUCAAGAAGGAGUACAAUACGCCAGGCAGCAACUGGGACGACCUAAGCGUGAAGUGGACAGACAGGGAGGAUCAGGCGCUAAAGAAGGCGGUCGGCGUGGCGCGCAACGGCAUCGGUUUCAUCGGUGUCAAAUGAACUAGUUAGCUAUGUCCCUUAUACUCCUUUUUUUUCUUUCAUGGAUGAUGUACUUUCGGGAUUCAUCUCGGGCGUGUACAAUAGAUAUAGGGAGGCGGCAUAUGAGAUACGAGCUACGAGCUACGAUCGUGUUUGGCAUUGGUAUUCUGAGAUACCCAUUUCUAUAUUCUUCGUCAGGUAGGUAUUCUUCGUCAGGGUUAGGUACCUACCUAGGUAUCUAUAUAGUUACGCGAAUUGAAUUAGCUGGGCUUUUAUAGCUUACAUAGGUCAGACCACCACCGUUUGAUAGGUAUGAUGUAAGUGUUUUCGCCUUUGCAAUUAGAGACGUGCCUACUCCCUCACUCAGUCUGACGUAGGAACUCGUGAAACUAUCGUAAAGACUAAUUCGUACUUAACGCACUUAACACAUAGACACAGUAGGUAGGUACGAGGACUAUAUUCG